AUGGCCGGGUUUCAAAUAUUAUUAUUGCUUCCUCCACUAGUCGUCGUGCUUCUGCGCUUCCACGUCAAGAUGAGUUUUGAACUUUCAUAAAACUUCUAACUUCCAAAAUAAGUUUCUGAGUUGUAAGCGCUAGUAGAUAAGGCCCGCGGGACUCCCGGAGUGCCGAUCCUCUUUGCUUGCAAAUUGGAUACGCAAAGUCACGCCGAAGCCCAUUCCGGUGGCCGAAGCACAAACUGUUGGCAGCGCGAUGCUGACAAAGCGAUGAUGGGACCCCCGCGGGAAAUGCCGUCACGGCUUUCGGCGUCUAGGUUUCUUAGUUCUGACAAAGCCGAGCGGAGCUCUAGCGCACCGCCUAGUUAGUUCUUCUGACUGCAUAAAGCUUCUCUAACUAAAUUACGAUUUUACAUAGCUAAUUAGCCAAAAAUUCCGAUUCGAAUAAUGCAAUCGACUCGCUUUUUUCAAUGUUGAAUUCUUGCAGGAAGCUUCCGAAGAACUUGUUGUGAUCAGUCCCUAGAGAUCGACGACACUGAAUCCGGACGGAGCUCGAUCAACUGCGAGGCCGGCUAA